AUGGGCAUGUCUCCAGCGACACCAUUCGGACACCACCACUUCCCGACCAACGGCGUCCAGAGCUACGAGAUGAUUGUGCAGCAGAAGCCAGAGUGGCAGAUAAACUUGGCCAUGCGCAUCUGGUUCACAUUCGGAGAUUUGGACGGCGGCUGCCCUCGUGACCAUCCAAUUGCCCCCACUGAGUUUCCCAAAAGCGGAAACAAUCUCUAUACAGAGAGCUUAAGCCGCCAGGUGGCCGCCCUUCAGUGGAGCAUGCGGGUCCUGGACCCGGCUUCUCCCUCGGCCAUGGUGCGACAGGAAAAGGCCUCGUUCAUCCGACCGCAGCGGCCGUCUUUCAAGGCCUGUAUCAACAUUGUGAAGCGCGUCCUGAUCCAAGGCGAACUGUAUUUCGCCUUUGACACCAUCAGCUCGGCACAGGAAGCUGCGGACGACGUAGCGCUCAUUCGCGGCGGAGAGUGGCUCAUCGAGUUCAUCACCCUAGGGGACUUCUCCUUGGUGUCCCUCAGCCGCCCUGAGUGCAUCGACGAGCUCGAGGGCCAGACCUUCCGGCCCAGGUGA